CGCCAGUGCCAGUGAUAUCGAGUCGGUUCAUCACGACCAGGGUUUAUGGUCUUUUCUUUUGUUCAGUGAUCCCGGUGUGUGACAACGCGCGCGCGCGCACAAGGUUCUUGCGUACAGUGUUAGGUUAGGUGGUGCUUCUUUUCAUCGGUGUGAAAUCCGCCUGUUGCGUGUAGCAUGGAAACCAAAAUGUACAUCAGCAACGAAGCUCAUAAUAAUGGUCACGCGGCGACGAAGUACGCGUCCACGAACUCGAUACCCUCGAUGAUGGAGGAGGAGUCGUCGUUCGCGAAACUGAUCGGCCGUAGGGACUCAAACGCAAUUUUACGCGACAACAAGGGGAGGAGGCACAGCGUGCUGGAAGACCUAAAGGCGCGUAGGGACAGUCUCUUCCAGCGAGCACGACGCGGCAGCGUCGUCGAGGAGAAGGAAAACGCCAAACUGGUACAGAAGGAAAAAAGACGUAGCAGCGACGGCGGUAGACGGGGCUCCGUUUUCUACGUGUCGCAGGAUUUGCUAGAAGAGAAUCAGGAUGUGCUCGAGAACGAGCGUAUGCAGGAUCUCGAGGCGAAGAAAGGACGACGGAAAUCGUGGCAUCCGCUCGCGAAACCGCCGAAACUCGAUCGUAAACGAAGGAAAGGUAUCGCCGGUGUGCCAACGCAAGUUGGCAGCACGGACGGACUGUACACACAGGCCAGACAGAAGAGACCGUCAUGGUGGAAUAUAUUCGUUCCUGACUCCGUUAGCAGGUCCAGGCGAAUGUCCCAGGAUGUCACGCAUUCGAGAUCCACCGAGAACCUCACCGCAUCUUAUUUCAGGAGCAAGAGCCGCAGCGUGGAUCACGGAUUCACGACGCCUUUCGAUUUGGAUUCCUUGCGGAACAAGGUCGAAGGACGCUUCGAGUCCGUCGAUAAGCUCUCGAAAGAUUCCGACAGCGAGAGCAAAGAUGGCUCGACAACCCAGGAGAAGAAGCACGGCCGUGUCUCUCAGCCUAUCAACACCAUCGCCUACACGGUGGGCGACAGGGACACGCUCACGUCGGUCGCCGCGAGGUUCGACACAACGCCGUCCGAGCUGAGCAAAUUGAACAGGCUCGGAAGUACCUUCAUUUAUCCCGGCCAGCAAUUGUGGGUGCCGGCGAAAGGAGAAGGUCGACUGGGAGGCGGAACCGCGGACGACGAGCCCAGCCCGGAUCCUUGCCACGACCACGAGUCCCAGGAUGACCUACCUCCCGAAGAAAAAGAACUUUUGGAUAACUUGAGGCCUGUGUCACCCAAACCUGGCCAUAUGGAACGAGUGAAAACACCUCUUGGCAUUUCAAAUAUAGUCAUAGAAGAAGAAGAGCAACCAUUUAAGGAAAGAUUUUUGAAAAUUGAUGUUCGCCAUAUCACAGAUGGUCAGGGUGUUGUUGGUGGAGUAUUAUUAGUCACACCAAAUGCAGUGAUGUUUGACCCCAAUGUCUCGGAUCGACUUGUCAUUGAACAUGGAGCUGAAUCUUACGGAGUUAUUGCACCGAUGGAGUUCAUAGUAAAUGCUGCAAUCUAUUACGAUAUUGCGCAUAUGCGUGUUUCACACAGAGAGUCUGGACACUUAGACAAAAAGCCAGAAAUUUAUUAUAUGAAGAAGCCCAAUCAAAAUGACAAAUGUCAAUCGCCAGGAAAGGACGAUAAUUUUCCGGAAUUAACGACAGACGAUAACGAGAGUGUAUGUAGCUGUGCUGAAAGAGAUGGAGACGCUUUUCCUAAGGCCUUUGAGAGAGAUCUUGUCACCCCUACCAAUCUUCAAAAUGAAGAGAAUGCGACAACCAAAGAGAAAGACGAAGACAAAGAGAAAGACACUAAAGACGCCUGUAGUGGUGAUCAAGCAAGUAGAACAGUAGAGGAACGCAGACGUUCUAUGCUUGAUCAUCAUUGGGCAGUUCCUAGUAAGGAUCGAUGUACAGUAUCUGUAGAAGACGAGCAACAGGAUUCAUUAAGUUCUGACAAGACCGACCCUGCGAAAUCGAAGCCGAAUGCCGAAGACGAAGAAGGAUCUCUAGUCAAAUUGUCAUGCCACGAUUCGGGUAUCGACAUUCGUGACCCUAAUCCCCCUUUCCCAGUAGUUCAGCCCAUCCCCUCAAAAAAAGUAUACUCAGACGCAGAUAUUGUCUUAUCUUCAGAUUGGGUCCCUCCUAUUACUAUUGCCCCAACAAACGUUACCACGGAUUCGCUAGACACUGGAUCUGUCAUUAAUGGCAGGAAAAAGGCGAGUUCGGUAUCAUUUAGCUUAGACAGUAAUGUGGAGGAACCCGAGAAAGAUGAAGAGCAUAAGGACGACGACAAACAAGAGACUCGUAGGAAUAAGAUGUUAAAAAGAUUAUCAUAUCCAUUGUCGUGGAUGGAAGGAUUAACUGGUGAGAAAGAGGAUGAAAAUAAGUCUGGAUCUGAUAAGGUUGCAAGUCUCCCUAACAGCGCGGACUCUCAUCAUUCUUCUGUCUUCAGUAAAGUCUUCUCAAGCUCGCCGAUCAACCUGGUGAGUGACUUUAGCUCGGGCCUCUUUGCUAAAACUCCCAGCGAAGAGAGUGGUGGGGGCGGUAGGGCUGGAGGGACACCUCCUCUUACCGCCUCCUCUAUCUCCCAGGACUCCGGCAAUCCUCAGUAUUCACCUGGUCCAGGAGGGCUUAUGGGACGGUCCUCCGUGGGCACGUUCAUCAGACAGCAACCGUUAACGUCGUCUGGCAGCAGCAGCGUCGACAGCAGCCGGGGUAGCAAAACCUCGACCAACGCUCCUCGGUUAGACUACCGUAGCAUGGUCUCCGUCGAGGACAUGCCCGAGCUGUUCGUCAGUUUCGACAAGCUUAUACCGCGACCAGCCCGUUCCUGCGAGGAUCCGCCAUUGUACCUGAGACUGCGAACCGGGAGGCCGAAGGACAAGAAAAUUCCACGUUCGACACCUAUUAUGAGCUAUGGGAAGAAGAAGCUGCGACCUGAAUACUGGUUCAGCGUGCCCCGCAACAGGGUCGACGACCUCUACAGGUUCAUCCAUGCGUGGGUGCCGUCGCUUUAUGGAGAGCUCGACGAGAAUUACUGGAGGGAACGGGGCUACAUCCUGUCGGACACCGACACGGACCUGUCGCCCGAAUUGUCGCCCCACGAGGCAGGCGAGUCCGCGGAAGAUGGGAAGGAUCGCAACCAAGAUGGCGACGAGAUCUCCGACCUGACCAGGGAAUCGUGGGAGCUGAUCAAGGCCCCCUACGUAAAGCUGUACAGCAUCCUGAAGACGUCGAGCACGUCUGCGGAUUCGGAGCAGAUCCAGGACCCUGAGGUACUGUCUAUGAGCGAGGAGCUCAGGCGAGCCCUCUACGCCAACAGUGCAGUCUCCCUAGACAAUGAAAUCAUUGUGCCAGACCUGGUGGGCAACACAGAAAUCCUGAGCGAUGACCACAGAGAACAACUGUGCCGGCAUUUGCCUGCCAGAGCAGAGGGUUACCUGUGGACACUCGUCUUCAGCACCAGCCAACAUGGAUUCAGUCUAAACAGCAUGUACAGGAAGAUGGCCAAGAUAGAAAGUCCCAUUCUGUUGGUCAUCGAGGACACUGAAGGCAAUGUAUUUGGCGCGUUGACCUCCUGCGCUUUGCACGUCAGUGACCACUUUUACGGGACCGGUGAGUCCCUACUCUUCAGGUUCUCACCCAGGUUCCAAGCAUUCAACUGGACGGGGGAUAACAUGUACUUUAUCAAGGGUAACAAUGAGAGUCUUGCCAUCGGAGCUGGAGAUGGCAAGUUUGGACUGUGGUUAGACGGUGACUUGUACCAAGGCAGAACGCAGUCCUGCAGUACGUACGGUAACGAACCGCUGGCGCCACGCGAGGACUUCGUGGUGAAGACACUGGAAUGCUGGGCGUUCAUAUAGGACACAGCCACCUUGUACAGAAUGUUGUCAAGGACUACGCCCUCGCCGCAGCCUAAUUUGACCUGAACUCGACAGUCUCGUAGAGGUUAAUCGUCCCCAGGAGAGAUUACAGGAAGACUAGAAUUUCUAAGAGACAAUUACCAGAGGAGAUUAAAUCGAUUAACAGGUUUAAGUAUAACCGGCUGGCUGGAUCGGUACCGAUGGAUACCAACCGAAAAAUCAUAUGAGACUGUCAGUGUCUAAGGAGAAGAAUUUUUGUGAUCUUGAAUGCAUUCUCUUCUCCCUCGAUGGAGAAGAGGGAGGAGAGCUGGGAGACGAUGAAUACUAAGGAAAUCGAAAGAAUGAUGGCGAUGAUGUGAUGUUACAACGUCAGACGCCAGAAAGUUGACCCACUGGACUAUAACAAUUUAUCGAUUAUCGUUUAGCUGUCCUAUUUGUUUUUCUAUUAUAAGUUGUAUUUAUUUUAUUUUUUUAUAUAUACACAUAAACACACGCAUGUACGUGUUUUGUUGAAUGAACCAUUAAUGCUGAUUUCAAUUGAUCGCGUGUCGUUGAGGGUUAGAAGGAUCGACGACGAUGAUUUGUUUUUCUUUUUCAAUUUUAAUUGUAAUUCGUCGAUCGUCGCUUGGAACUAGUCGCGAGAAUCACGACCACCACGUGGUCGGAUGUGAUACAUCGCAUACGAAACGAAACAGAAGAGAGAGAGGGAGAUAGAAAGAAAAAGUGAGAAUGUGGCAAAGGAUGAAUGGAUACGGAUGAGAUUUUUCGAUUGAAAUAAUGUCAUAAACGGAUGAUAAAUAAUUAUGAUGAUUAUGAUAACGCGUACGAAGGAAGGGAAUCACGUCGUCGAAAACGGACGAAGAUGAAAUACCACAGAAAUGAUAGAAACAUACACGACACCACGAGAAAAAUGUUAAGCUAACCGUUUGUUGAUGUGUAGAUACAAUUGUAGAUAGUGAAUGUAAAUAUAUAUAUGUAUUUGCCAAUCGUGUUAACGGUAAAGAAGUUAAUUUUAAAGGAGCAUAUUAUAUACGCUAUAAAGAAAAAAAAAACGUUGCCGAAGAUGAACACCUUGUGUAGCUCGUCACACGUUACAAUUCUGCAAAAAAGGACACACAUUUGGCUACGUAAACACUGUGUCACAGAAAUUGUGCAAGAACCACUGAACGAAACUCUGGAAGCGUGAUCGCAGCCCGAUGUAAACGAUCUAGGAUCUGAGAACAAGUAGCAUUAGGAAGAAGUUGCUCUUCGUACUGAUCUUUUGAACGAGGGAGAAAAAUAAAGAAAAUUGCGAUUAAACGCAACUUUGAUUGCGUGAUCAACACACACACAAUACACACACACGAAGAACACGUUUUCGCGACCUACAUACUUUUUGGCGAACAACGUGCUUCUCGAGUCUCAAGUGACCACAACGAACACACACGCCUGUGCCUCG